ACGGAGAUGCCCCGUGCACGUAAGCAGUCAGCUCCCGGGCCCAGGCGAUCCAGUCGCAGGCGCGCCUCGUCGUCCCCGUAUGCUGACACUCCAAAUCGAGCCCCUGCGAACCAUGCGGCCGAUCGUUCCGGCAAUGCCCGUGCGGAGCAGGACGAUAUCCCGUCCGCCGUUCCCCAGCCGGCCAGCCUACUCACAACUGGCCUAAAUCCACGUUCCGUUACGGCGGCCGUGUCGACGGCCCUGCACCCCCUGCUGGCUCGAGUCGAGCGCCUUGAGGAGCGAAUUUCAGCUCGCCAGGAUCCGGACGGCCAUGCUCAGGCGGCGGUCCCCUCAGUGGCAGAUGUGGUCCAAACCGCGUCCAACACCGUCACCCAUCACCCGCCGCAGGUCGACUCCGGCCCCAUGGACAUUUCCCUCAUGCAACCCGCGCUGCCUCCGAUCGUAGCGCCCAUGGCGAACACUCGUGAGUCCAGCUCUAUUGUUCCCACGGUCCCGCGUAAGUUGCUUGACAAAAUCACAGGCGGCGAAUAUAUUGAGCUGGAGGAUCUCCUCCCGGAGAAUGUGGGCGCAGGGUCCGAGCCCUUGGAGCUCAGUACCGCCAACGGAGAGGGCCGGCGUGUGUCCCUCAAUUUAUGUGUGACUAAGAAGCGCUCCAUUGUCGACUUCACUGCCUGGCUGGAAGCCUACACAAUCUACAUGGCCUGCGCACUGAAACAUGUGCCAUUCCGAGCACUGGAGCUGGUGACGUACCAGCACAUUAUCUGUACUGCCAACCAGCAGUUUGCGACCCCAGCUGUACUGGGGUAUGACCGUGCCUUCCGUGCAGCGGUGGCAACAACCUCGGCUCGUUGGGACGCAAUCGACCAAAGCCUCUGGAGCCUGCACCUGAUCCGGGCACCCCGACCAUCAUGUCCGCGCUGCACAACGCACCACAGCCUUGACCGUUGCCCACAGUAUUUCGCAGGGCCACAUGCUCCAGCUGGCACCAACACCAGCCGUCCUACGCAGCCAUUUCUGGCCGGGGCAGGCAGCACCUGCCAGAUCUGCCUCAACUUCAGCCGUGGCCGCCCAUGCCAACACCAGCCCUGUGAACGCUUGCACGUCUGCUCAACCUGAGGUCAUCCCGCCGCUCGCUGCACCAACGACGGUCGCCGGGGACCCCGCCAGACGGACAAGCCCGUCGCAGCGAAGUAGUCUCCCCACGCCUCU